GGCUGGCAUAAGCAUGCAACUGCAAGACAAGCGACCACACUUACUCCCAAGUCACAAGCUCUCGCAACCACUGCUGGCAGAGGCAGUCAGGCAGGCCAACGUGCUUAGCAAGUAGCUUAGCUACCCAGCAUCAAGAGAUCGAUCGAUCCGGCGCGGCGAUGGAGCUGCUCCCCCUGCUCACGGCGCUCCUCCUGGCGCACGCCCUGGCCUACCUGGCCUGGACGGCCGCCGCGCGCCGCCGGCAGUCGCGGUGCUACCUCCUGGACUACGUCUGCCACAAGCCCCGCGACGGCCGCAAGAUCACCACGGAGACGGCCGGCGACGUGAUCCAGCGCAACAAGCGCCUGGCCCUCUCCGACUACCGCUUCCUCCUCCGCGUCACCGUCCGCUCCGGCAUCGGAGAGGAGACCUACGCGCCGCAGAGCAUCCUCGAGGGCCGCGAGGACGCGCCCGCGCUCCGGGACGCGCUCGACGAGAUGGACGCCUUCAUCGACGAGGCCAUCGCGGAGCUCUUCGCCCGGACGGGCUUCGCGCCCCGCGACGUCGACGUGCUCGUCUUCAACGUCUCCAUGCUCUCCCCGGCGCCGUCGCUGGCGUCGCGGGUCGUGCGCCGCUACGGCCUGCGCGAGGACGUCGCGGCGUACAACCUCACCGGGAUGGGCUGCAGCGCCGGGCUGGUCGCGCUGGACCUCGCCCGGAACGCGCUGCGGACGCGGCGGCGCGCGCUGGCGCUCGUGGUCUCGUCGGAGUCCAUCGCGCCCAACUGGUACUCCGGCACCGACAGGUCCAUGAUGCUCGCCAACUGCCUGUUCCGCAGCGGCGGCGCCGCCGUGCUGCUCAGCAACGACCCGGCGCACCGCGGGCGCGCCAAGAUGGAGCUGAGCUGCCUGGUGCGCGCCCACAUCGGCGCCAACGACGACGCGCACGUGUGCGCCCUGCAGCGCGAGGACGCCGAGGGCCGCGUCGGGAUCAGCCUCAGCAAGGCGCUCCCCAAGGCCGCCGUGCGGGCGUUCGCCGUCAACCUGCGCCGCCUCGCGCCGCGCGUCCUCCCCGUCGCCGAGCUCGCGCGGUUCGCCUCGCGCCUCCUCUCCCGGCAGCUCCUCGCGCACCUGCGCUCCUCCGGCAAGAAGGCCGGCGGCGGCGACGCCCCCAGGAUCGACUUCAAGACCGGCGUGGACCACUUCUGCCUCCACCCCGGCGGCACGGCGGUGAUCGAGGCGGUGAAGCAGAGCCUGGGCCUGGACGACGGCGACGUGGAGCCGUCGCGGAUGACGCUGCACCGGUGGGGGAACACGUCGGCGAGCAGCCUGUGGUACGUGCUGUCGUACAUGGAGGCCAAGGGGCGGCUCAAGGUCGGGGACAGGGUGCUCAUGGUGACGUUCGGGUCGGGGUUCAAGUGCAACAGCUGCAUGUGGGAGGUGACCGGGGACAUGGCCGACAAGGGGGCGUGGGCGGACUGCAUCGGCAGCUACCCGCCGGAGAGCCUCGACAACCCAUACAUGGUCAAGUUUGGCUGGAUCAACGACGUCGAAGGCGACGCAUUGAUGCUCUAAUUGGGCUAAUUUGGCUACCACGCACACUUUAUUGCCUUAUUGGUACAGUACAGUAAAGCUGAUGAUAACAACGGAAUCAGUGAAAAGUACGCACACGUACGUCCUUAAGUUUCAACAGGCAUAGCUUUUGGGAACAGAAAUGUGUAGCCUCCAGUCAGUAGCAGCAUAUAAAAUCUGAAAAAAAAAUAUAUACUGUUAGUACAGAGUUAGCACCGUGUAUAUCUUGUCUGGUUGUUUGUUUUGUUUUUUUAUUUGAAAAAAGUUGUUGGAUGCUUCUUAAAUGAUGUUGUCCCUGUCCAUACAGAAAUGUUGCAAAAAUUCAAGUGCAAUUUACCCCCU